UACUCAUUCCCCGCCUAUCCGCCCGUUCAUCCCACCUCCGCGCAAUACGUCGACCCCCCUGUGUUGCAGGGCUAGGACAAUGGGUAUUUUUAACCAAAAAUCAAAACUCAAACCGGCGCCGCAGGAGAUCCGAGUCGAGAAGGUCAUCGUUCCCAGCAAGUCUCGCCUCAGCUCCACGCCAAAUACUCUGCGACCCCCCUUGAGCCACCAUCACAAGUCCACCUCGCCCCGCCUCUCCCCGAAUCCCCGACUGUCGCGAACCAAGAGCGCGUCACCCUACCUGUCCUCAUCCGACGAGAAGCGAAUCGCCGGACGGAAGCGCAAGGCCGUAACCAGCACCCCCAGGGACUCCCCCGCCUUCGGGAACGACUCCGACUCUGAAGAUGGGGACAGCGACCCCUUCCAGAAGCGGAUGCGACGGAGCGAGUCGAGAUCGAUAGACCUCAAUCGCAAGCUGCGCCACAAGAAGGCCUUCGGCGCCGAGACCAGAGACUCGCGCAUCAUCCACGCCGCCGACGUCGCCUCCGUCGCCACCAAGUGCCCGCCCAUCGCCGGCGCCAAACCCGACGAGAUCGCGAUCGAGCUGCAGUAUCCGUCCCGGUGCAAGCGCGAGAGGUACGAAUUGGUGUGGCAGAAAGAUAAGAUCGACGCCGUUAAAGAUAUCCUUGCCGUCGUCGAGCACGUGGCCGAGACCUAUCUCACGGACUCCGAAGCGAAGCCCUUCAUCGACCACAACGCCAGCUUCCGCCGCCAGAUGGAGCGGGCGGUAACCGAGAAAUACCGGGACGUCGCUGUCUUUAGGACGGCACUUCGCAAUUACAACGACAAGCUGCUCGAAUUGGUCGAGAACGGCACGGUGGCCAAGAACCUAGAAGGCCUCCACCACCUCCCGCCUAGCCUAGUCUCCUUCAUCCUCACCCAAGUGUACGACCGCACCGUCGCGCCCAAGGUGGAGAUGCUCACCAAAUACGAGAUGGGCAGCGAUAACGUGUACGGGGAGCUACUACACCCGUUCGUCACGAAGUUGCUUGUAGAGCAGACCAAGAUGACCUCGGAUCAGGUGUUUAUAGAUCUCGGCUCGGGCGUGGGCAAUGUCGUGCUUCAGGCUGCCCUGGAGAUCGGCUGUCGGAGCUACGGCUGCGAGAUGAUGGAGAACGCCUGCAACCUCGCCGAGGCCCAGGAGAAGGAGUUCAAAUCGCGAUGUCUCCUCUGGGGCGUCGCGCACGGGAGGGUGCACCUGGAAAGGGGGGACUUCCGCACCAGUGCCAAGAUUCUGGAGAAGCUGAAGGAGGCGGACGUGAUACUGGUGAACAACAAGGCUUUUACUUCGACCCUCAACGACGCUCUUAUAAACAUGUUCCUCGACCUUAAGAAAGGCUGCAAGAUCAUAUCUCUCAAGUCCUUCGUUCACGAAAACAAGACCGCCAUCAACGAUGUCGCCAACAGUAUCCUCGACGUCCAGCACUACCGAUACCACGAGAACUGGGUCAGCUGGGCCGCCGCCGAGGGAGACUACUACAUCUCGACAAAGAAGUGAUGAUUGGGA